AUGGUAGCCCAGAUCCAGCAUAAUCUUGACCAGGUCCAAAGCGAGGAGGUGCCCGACUGGAUCGACAGCGCCAAACUGGCCUCACUCGCGGGGCGCUCAGGGCCGCUCGACAGCCGGACUCUGAAGGGGGCUUUUGCAAUCAGAGAAACCACAUCCAGGAUUUUGACCAUGGAGGGAAAAAGCACUGAGCACACUUUGGAGAAAUUGGAUGCAUGUUCUGUAUGCAGACAAGUAUUUGAUCAUUCAUCUGACCAAUCAAAACACCAGUGCAAUGACACUAGGAAGAGGUUGUGGAAAUAUGAGGAAUGCGGAACGGAAUGUCUUUACCCAUCCCAGCUGAAACUUCAUCAACGCAGUCACACUGGGGAGAAGCCAUUUAUUUGUUCUGUGUGUGGGAAAGGAUUCACUCAGUCAUCCCAGCUGUUGACACAUCAGCGAACUCACAGUGGGGACAAACCAUUCAUCUGCUCUGUGUGUGGAAAAGGCUUUGCUGAUAUAUCCCACCUGUUCAAACACCAGCGACUUCACGCUGCGGACAGACCAUUGACCUGCUUGGAGUGUGGGAAAGGAUUCAUUCAGUCAUCCAAUUUUCUGAGACACCAACGUGUUCACACUGGAGAGAAGCCAUUCACCUGCUCUGUUUGUAGGAUAGGAUUCACUCGCUCAUCCAGCCUGCUCAAACACCAGCAAGUUCACACUGGGGAGAGACCAUUCACUUGCUCUGAGUGUGGGAAAGGAUUCACUCGCUCAUCCUACAUGCUGAUAUACCAGCAAGUUCACACUGGAGAGAAACCAUUCACCUGUUCUGAGUGUAGAAAAGGCUUUGCUGAUUCAUCCCACCUGCUGUUACACCAGCGAGUUCACACUAGGAAGAAACUGUACAACUGCUCUGAGAGUGGAAAGGGAUUCAUUCAGUCAUCCAACCUACACAGCCACCAGCGAGUUCACACUGGAGAGAGACCGUUUGCCUGCUCCACGUGUGGGAAAGGAUUCACUCAAUCAGCACACCUACGAACACACCGGCGAGUACACACGGGAGAGAGGCCAAUUCACUUGCUCAGCGUGUGGGAAGGGAUUCACUCGAUUACCCCACCUACUAAUACACCAGCAAAUUCACAAAUAACCACAGCUGAAGGAUUUGCUGUUCAUCACACCAAGGAAUAUUUGAACAUGGAAGUAAAAAGCAUUAACAGCACUAAGAAACUGAACACAUGUUCUAUGUGUGGACAAAGCUUCAGUCAAUCAUCUUUACUGUGGAGUCACAAGUGUGGUCACACUGCGAAGAUACUGUGGAACUGUGAGGAAUGUGGGAAAGGAUUCAAUUACCCAUCCCAACUGGAAAAGCAUCAGCGCAGUCACAAUGGGGAGAAGCCAUGGAAAUGUACAGAUUGUGGCAAGGGCUUCAAUUACCCGUCUGAGUUGGAAAUUCAUCGGCGCACCCACACUGGAGAGAAGCUGUUCACCUGCUCUCAAUGUGGGAAGGCAUUAGCUCAUUUACAGAGUCUGCUGGUACACCAACGAGUUCACACUGGGGAGAGACCAUUCAACUGCUCUGGGUGUGGUAAGGGAUUCACUACGUCAUCCAGCUUGCUAAUACACCAGCGUGUUCACACUGGAGAGAGACCUUUUAAAUGCUCAGACUGUGGGAAGAGCUACCAAAGUUCUGGGGAACUGAUGUCCCAUCAACGUGUUCACACUGAUGAGAGACCAUUCAGAUGCACUCACUGUGGGACUGGAUUCAAGCGAUCAUCUCAACUCACUGUGCACCACCGAGUUCACACUGGAGAGAGACCGUUCACCUGCUCAGAGUGCGGGAAGGGAUUCACUCAAACGUCCGACCUGCUGAAACAUCAGCGAGUUCAUACUGAUAUGAGACCUUUUAAAUGCUCUGACUGUGAGAAGUGCUUUAAAAGACUGGGAGAUCUGAAGUCUCACCGGCGUGUUCACACCGAUGAGAGACCAUUCUGGUGUUCUUACUGUGAGACUGGGUUCAGGCGAUCAUUUGAUCUCACUGUACACCAGAGAGUUCACACUGGCGAGAGACCAUUCACCUGUUCUGAGUGUGGGAAAGGAUUCACUCAGUCAUCCAACCUCACUGCACAUCAGCGAGUUCAUACUGGAGAGAGACCGUUCAUCUGCUUGGAGUGUGGGAAGGGGUUCACUCAGUCCUCCAAUCUUACAGUACAUCAGCGUAGUCACAGCGGGGAGAGACCAUUCCCCUCCUAGAAGUCAGUGUAAAAGUAUUGAUUAAAUUUAUCAUAAUUGCUUGAGAGACCAUUGAGUUCACAAGUAAUGACACUGAAUGUUGGUGUUAAUCACAUCCAGGACUGAACCAUGUUCAUUAGAGUUUAUUUCUGCUGGAUGUUAAAUUACUUGAGCCGAGUUGUUGGGGUGACUAUUUCAGAUAAAACUCAAAUAAAUCAGCUUUGUUUUAAACACAUUGCAUUCAGCAUUUUUAAUAUUUCUAACACAGUUUAGUUUAUUUUGAAAGGCUCACUCUGUCACCCUUGACUCCUUCAUCCUCACCUCCAACAAUAAGUGUGUGCAGUUCAUGGAGCUUCUUUGCCGCUAAGAUUGAGACAGUCUGAUCAGCUGCUUUACUCUCUGCCACUAGCCCACUGAGCCAGACUGUCUUAAGAUCCCCUUUGCCAGAGCCCUGAAUCCAUAUUUUUCUUCCAUUACUCCCCCAUCUCUUCUCAUGACCAUUUCAGGUUCAUUUUGGAGAUGAGCCACAUCUCCUGAUCCAUCAACUCAAUUUGCACUAAACUCUUGACAACCUAAUUAUCCCAUCUUUGAUGUUAUCAUUAUCUCUCCUCUCUUUUGGGUUGUCCAACUUUUUUUUUCAAAUCUGUCAUCAUUAUCUUUCCGCUGUCUGAGCAAAACACUGUCCAAUCUCCAAACUCCCUUUCCUUGCUAGGUGUCUUGGAAUACUUCAUCAUCUCUCCUUUAUCAGAGGUUAAUGUUUAUAACACUGAAAUCAGGUUUCUGCCACUAGCAUAGUAUUGAAAAACCUUGCUAAAGCCACAAAUAGCAUUAUACAUAUCUGACUUUUAAAAAAACUAUCCCUUCUCAGCAUUCUUGACCAGUCUGCAGCCUUUGUCAAUGUUGACCACACCAUGUGGUUCCAAAGCUUCUUCACUGUUGCCCAGCUGCUUCAUGUAGUCUCAAUACUCUCUAUCUCUUGUAGACAGGUUAUCACUGGCUAUAGUUUCCUUUCCAAUUCCAACAGGUUCCACUUAUGUCUGCAAAAAAUCCAACUUUGGCCACCUCUUAUGGACAUGUUCCUAUCGCAACAUUACCUGGAAAUACUGUCACUUUUCACAUGUACACUGACAGCUCCAGGGUGCAUAGUUCUUUGAAAGUAGAGUCGCAGCUAGACAGUGUGGCGAAAAAGUCAUGCUUCCUGGCAUUGGUCGUAAUAUUGAGUGUAGAAAUUGCGAUGUCAGAGGAAGUGGUGGAGGUAGGUACAAUUACAACAUUUGAAAGGCAUCUGAGUGGGUAUAUGAAUAGGAAGGUAUAUGGGCCAAAUGCUGACAAAUAGGAUUGACGCAGACGAGUUGGAACAAAGAGUCUGUUAGAUUGCUGUAUGACUUUGAUGAUGUGUCUCGUAGAAGAUGUCCAUCACCAACACUCCAUUUUACUGGUUACCCCAUGUAAGGUUAUUCAUUGCCCAGGAAUGUACAUCAAGGGUCAACACAGACUGUUCUAUUUUUUUGAACUGAAAUCAACUUUUAAAAAAAACAUUUCGGGCUGAAAAAUUGUAUUUAACCAAAACAACAGCUUUAUUUAUGAUACAAAACAGAUUUUUGGAAAUAGGAGCCAAUGUAUCAUUAAUAUCAUUAAUUGAUCGGAAUUAAUAAGUAGUGACUGAAAAAAAGUUACUUCAGUUUAAAACAAUGUUUAUAUAGUGAGAAUUCAGUUUGCGUUAACUUGGAAAUCAAAGGUGAAGAAACAUAAAAUCACAGAGAUCCUUGAUUGCCGACUGUAGUCCAACAACUCCAACUCUACCAAAUGGUGCAGCUUAUGGCAACAAAUCAGCGGGUUGCACUUGCUGUGGAAAACAUAGACUAGCAAAAGACAUUUGAUAAAAUGCUACAGAACUAUCAUGUGAGGAACAUUGGAGCUCAGUAUAAAAGUGAGAGGAACGGCAUGGAGAUUGAAUUGCUUGGCUGACAACAAACAGGGUAGCUUUUAACAGUUGGUCUUGGACUGAAGGAUGGUUUCUAGUGAAGUUCUGCAUGGAUUAAUUUGAGGGUCUCUCCUCUUCCUGAUAUAUAUUUUAAUGACAUAGUCCUCAGUGUACAGAGCACAACUUCAAAAGUUGUAAAGAACGCAACUAGACAUUUUGUGACUUGAGAGUGUGGAACUGUGAGAACAAGAGAAUUGUGAAUGCGGUGUGCUGCCAUCUGAAUGAAGAUGGGGGCCAUUAAAUUGGCCUUGGUCACAGGAGUGCUUAUAGCCUGUGCUGGCGGGUGUUUCUAAAGUUUCCCCAGCCACAUACUCCCUCCGUUCCUUUUCUGUUGUCAUGAAGGUGUUUACUGCGAAUCGUCCACUGCUGAAAACCUUUGAUAAUUUCUUAUGCAAAUUUCACUGUCACUUCCUCAGCAUCCUUGGAUUGACCUUAUUCAACCCAAAUGCCUGAACAACCUUCAGGGCAAUGUCUCAUAUCUCCUCCUCAUCAAUUAUGAACCUUCUCAGAACCUGAAAAAAAUCAAUUAAAUUCAAUCACUGUGGUUUCUGGUGAACUCAGCAGGUGGAAUAACUGUGGGAAUCCCUCCACACACUGUAACCAGGUGAACAAUUUCUCCUCAGUGUGAACUCACUGGUGUGCAGUAAAUUGAAAUGAUCAUUAGAACCCAGUCCUAAACAUUGAUGGACGAUCAGGUCCCAGAAACAUUGAUAGCACUUCCAACACUCCAGGCAUUUAAAAGGUGUCUCAUCAGAUUGAAUUUGCUGGUACCUGUGAAGGGCUGAAGAGACAGUGAAACCUCUCCCCCAUCUGAAAUAGUUAAACGGUCAUUCCCCAAUGUGAAUUUACUGGUGUGUCAGCAAGUUAAUUGACUAAGUGACUCGGCAGUUGAAUGGUCCCUCUGCCGUAUGAAUGCACUGGUGUCUCGUUAGGUGGGAUGACUGAGUGAAUCCCUCCCCACAUUCAGAACAAGUGAAUGGUUUCUCCUGUGUGUAAAUUCACUGGUGGGUCAGAAAGCUGAAUGAAUCCCUUCCCACACUCAGAGCAGGUGGAUGGCCUCUUGCCCCAUGUUCCUAGCUCAGAUAGGAAUCUGAAUAAUUUCCCAGAGUCACCAUAUAUCCACCUUUUCUCCCUGUUAUAACUGCAGUUGUGGCUCAAUAGGACAGAUAGUCAGCUGAAAAAAUACACGUAUGGUUUCUCCCCUCUGGACUGUACUUGUUCCUUCCAUGUUCAAAAUCUAAUGAUUUUCUAGUUACAAUAAAUUGACAACUCCCUCA